CAAAAUAACUGUUUGUUGCAAAUUUGAUUUUUUGUUUAAAAAACUUUUUUUAGUUUUUAUAAAUGUACAUAAUUGCAUGCUAUUUACGAAUAAAAGCAAAUAAAUGUUUCAUAUUUUUAUCAUUGCAUAAUUAUUAUUAAAUAAUCUAUAAUUUACACAUCAUACGUCUAUAAAUAAAAAAAGCAUGGCUGCAAGCAACAUCCAAGUUGCUAUUAAAGUUCGUCCAAUUGAACCCAACCAAGCCAGCAAAUGGGAAGUUGCUGGAAAUUCAAUAAAACUUGUCGAUGGAGGUGGCCCUGAGCCUUUUUAUUUUGAUCAUAUAUUCGAUCAAGAUGCAAGCAAUCAAGUCAUCUUCGAUACGAUUGCUAAACAAAUUGUGGCUGCUGGUGUCAAGGGUUUUAACGGGACCAUCUUUGCCUAUGGACAGACUUCAUCUGGAAAAACUUAUACAAUGAUGGGCGAUGAACAAAAUCCAGGUGUCAUGGUUUUAGCUGCAAAGAAAAUCUUCAGAGAAAUAGAGCAUUCUACCGACUGGCAAUUCUUAUUGAGAGUUAGCUAUAUAGAAAUCUACAAUGAAAAAAUCCAUGAUCUUCUAAACAAAAACAAUACAGAUCUUAAAAUUCAUGAAACCUCAAAUGGUGAAGUAGCAGUCAAUUGCAGUGAAAAUAUUAUAACAUGUGAACAAGAUUUGCUCGUGUACUUGCGUGAAGGAAGCAAACAAAGGAGAAUAGGUGAAACGCAUAUGAAUGAACGUUCCAGUCGAUCGCAUGCUAUUUUUCGAAUUAUUAUAGAAUCUCGAAAAAUUGAUCAAACCGAUGAAGAUUCUGUACAAAUAAGUAUUUUGAAUCUUGUCGAUUUAGCUGGUUCUGAGAGAGCCGAUCAAACAGGAGCCACAGGUUCUCGUUUGAAAGAAGGUGGUCACAUUAAUAAAAGUUUACUUUUUCUCAGUCGAGUAAUAAAACAACUUGCUGAAGCUAAAUAUGUCUCAUAUCGUGAUUCGAAACUAACAAGGAUAUUACAAGCCUCGUUGGGUGGUAAUGCUUUAACUGCCAUCAUUUGUACUAUCAAUCCUACGGCUGUAGAAGAAACAUUGUCCACUCUGAGUUUUGCAAAUCGCGCCAAAGUGGUGAAGAAUAAGCCACAAGUAAAUGAAGUGGUUUCAGAUUCUGCAAUGAUGAAGAGACUUGUUAAAAAAAUUGAUGCAUUAACUACUGAACUUGAAGUAGAAAAGACGAAGAAUAGUCAGAUCAAAGUUACACAAUUACAGAAACUUCUCAAUGAUGAAAUACACAAAAUCAUUAACAGCAAUUCUUUGUGUUCGCUGAAAGCAUCGAACAGAAAUCGUCGAAGGACAUGGUGUCCGUCAUCGAUGAUUCCUACUUUAGCUGAAGAAACUACGACAAAAACCGAAACAUGUAUUCCCCCAUUGCCAUUUGCAGCUCAGGCACCAACAAAAUUGCAAUUACCCAAGUCUGGAUUUAAUUUUACGCCACACAUUACAGUCCGAGAUGUUUACUAUCAGGAAAAACUAAAAGAAAUCGAAUGUUCGCCAAGUAUUGAUGAAGAAUUUAUUCCAGGAGAAGAUGUUUGUUUCGACGAUGCAUUAACUCCUCGAACAUCGCCAAACAAAUUAGGUUUCCAAACACCAAAAAAUUCCGAUUUCCAAUUAAGAACAAGUCUUACACCAAAACUUACUGAAAAACAAAGUUUGCUUAAAGUCGAACAGGAACUUAAGGAACUCGAAACAUUUACCAAUUUGGAAAACAAAUUAAAUGUAGAACAUGACACUUAUAAUACAUUAAAAUAUAAAUUGGAAAAUGCUGAACGCAUCAUUGCUGGCUAUGAAAAGGAACGUGAAAGCUUUGCGUUCAUUAAAGUUGAACAUUUAGAAGCUCAGACGAAUUUAGCCAUUUGUCAAAAGAGGUGCCAAGAACUUGAAUCGAAAGUCAAAGACUUGGAAGAAUCAUCUGAUCGAAGUUUAACCCGAAUUAAUCGGUAUGAAAAAGAAGUCACCGACUUGAAGGAUAAAAUCAAUCAACUUGAGAUGGAAAAUCGUACAGCAGUCGGUUUAGAGUUUGAAUUUCAGCAGCACAAAAAUAAAUCCAAACGCAGAGAAACCGAAUUAUUAGAAGCUUUAGAAGAGAAACGUAAAGAAAUUAGUAAACUCGAAAGAUCUCUACAAACUGUGACAAAUGAUAUGCUUAACAAUUCUAAAGAAGAAAUUCAACAAAUAUCAAGAAGUUUGAAUGAAACUGAAGGCACAUGUACAAAUUGUAAAGAUUUCCAACGACUACUAGCAUCGAAACAGCAAUUAAUUGAAGACUUUGAAAAGGCCAAUUUAGAUAAUCAAACUUUGCAUGCAAAUAUUGAAAAGAUUACCGCUGACGCUGAAUCGGCAAAACUUAAGGCUGAUUAUUUAGAAACUGAGAAUUCAAGUCUAAAAAAAGAUAUUGAAAACCUAACAUCACUUCACGGCACAGUAGAAACUAUACAAGAACAAAUUGGAGUUCUUCAAUUGGAAAAAUGCAAAUUAGAAUCUGUUAAAAUUGAAUUUGAGGUUAUGUCAAAAGAAACUGCCAAUAAAAUCGCUGAAAAGAUCAAUAUAACUCAAGAAAUCCAAAACCUCAACACCCAGAGAGACAAUCUUGCAGCUGAAUGCAGUAAACUUCAAGCUGAAAUUGCUUCAACUACCUGUACUAAGGAAGAGUUAGAAAAAAUUCGCACCGAAAACGAAUCACUUAACUUGGAACUUCAAAAAAUCAAAACAAAACUUGAAACUACCGAACAGGAACACAUUAAUCUUAUGGCCGAAAAUCAAAGCAAAUCAGAUAGUUUUAAAAAGCUCAAUAUGGAAGUUAUAGCAGCACGAAAUCAGCUUCAAGCCCUUCAAGGCGAAUACGUUGACAUACAGAAUAAAUAUGAGCACAUUCAAGCUGAAUGUAAUAAACAUGAAGGAACUAUCGGUGAAAUCCAAUUUGAAUACGAAUCAAUACAAAACAAAUACCAAUCCUUGCAGAAGGAGUAUGAAAAACUAGAAAAUGAUUCCGUCCAAUCUUUUGCCGACUGUGAUCGGGUUCAAACCCAGAAUGAGAAUCUUGAGACUGAAAUACGCGAGUUGAAAAUAAAAGUUGAAGAAGCUCAACGUAAACUUAUGGAGAAUGAUAGCCUUCAAUUAGAACUGGAAUCUUUAAAAUCCGAAAUGAAUCGUCUUCAAGGAGAAUAUCAAAACAAUGUGACAACCAGCAAAGACACAGAUGAGGUGUCUAACUUGAAAGCCGAAAAUGCCAAGAUCAAGGAGGAGUUCAAUAGUUUGCAAUUACGUUUCAAUGAAAUGCAAAAGGAAUAUGACGACAUAUCUACUCAACUUGUCGACAACUUUGCUGACUAUGAAACUCUUCAAGCUGAAAUGGAAAGUCUUCAAGCUGAAUUUGAUCGUUUUAAGAGCUCAGCAGCGAUUGAAAAUCCAUCUGAAGACUUUGAAUCCAUUAAAAAGAAAUCUGAGAAAUUAGAAGCUGACAAUAAUGAACUUCUCAAAGAAAAUGCUGAAUGGAAGAACACUGUCAUGUCGAUGACAAAGUCUAUGAGUGAAAAAUGUGACGAAUCCGAGCAAUUAGUUGCCCAACUGCAAGAAGUCAAAAAUGAAUCAAUCCGAAGUGAUUCACCCCGGAGGUCCUUGGAAGAUUGCAUGCAAUUCAUUCACAUGGCAAAUUCCUUUUUAGAAAUUGAAGUUGCCCUCGGCAACGGAGAGACCAAGAUUUUCAAAUCAAUAGGCUUUAAUAAGUGUUUACACGGUACAAGACUGAUUAUUGGCAACAUAACCGAUAUAACCCAAGGAACAUUCAAUGAACUUCGUGGUGCAAUUCAAUUUGCAAUAUCCACUGAUAUUCACAAACUUAGCAAUGAAAUUUUCGAUUCACUUGAAAUGGAAAAACAUACUGCUAGCCCGAAUAGCUGUGAUUCUCUAGAAGUUCCAUGCAGUCGACCACAUGACGAGGCUCAAUUUAAUGAGUUGUUGGAAGAAAAAUCCAAACUUUUUGAAAGUGUUCGUGAAUUGCAAGAAACUGUUUCAAUAUUAAAAUUAGGAACUAUUGAACUUGCCAAUACACGAAAGGAAUUGGAAGAUACACAAAUUCUGGUGGAGCAAUUAAAUAGUGAAAAAUUACAUCUUAGUGCCAUUUGUGAAGAAAACAAAUGUAAAAUUAGCGAACUAAGUGAAAUUAUUUCUCGUGCUGAAAGUGAUAAUAUGAAAUUAAUUGCCGAUUGUGAAGAGCUUAAGAAAACUGUUGAAUCUGAGGGAACAAUGGAAAAUGUUUCACGUGAAAGUUAUGAAGAACUUAAGCAGCAGCUUGAGGAAAUGAGUAGAAAAGUCCAAGACAAUGAGUGUGUUAAUUGUGCUGAUUUGAGGGAACAAAUUUCGGAUUUGAAGGCGAUGUCUUCUUCAAAUGGAGCAACUUUUGAAGAUUUAAAAGAAUCAAAAUGCACCAAUUGUGAAGAGUAUCUAAGUAAAAUUUCAAAACUUGAAGCAUUUGUGGGAGAAAAAUUCGCCUCAGUUCCAGAAACCAAUGGUGUUCAACCUCAUGACAAAGAAUCGGCAAAUGAAACAAUCAAUGAACAUGUUGCCAUGAAUGGUGGUGAAUUGGAAGAACACAACGGCUCAAUAGAUGAAGAUAAAACACUUAAAUAUGAGAAAGAAAUUGCCAAUUUAAUGGAAGAGUUAAAAACUGAGAAAUCAAAAUACCAAGAAGUUCAAAACCAAAUCAAUGAUUUGCGAAUCAAAUUCGAAGAACAAAAUCAAGAAUCUGGCAAGUCUACUACAAAUCAAAUUGAAGACAUAAAUUCAAGGUUUACAAAACUCCAAGUUGAAUAUGAUGAAUUGUUGAGUUUUGAAAGAAUGAAAUCAACAGAAUUGGAAGAAUCCACUUUGCGAUUGGAUACUUUAACCAAGGAAUGUAAACAUCUUCAAGAAACUGUUGCUGGUUUAAAAGAAUCUCUCACAUUGAUUGAGGAUGAACGAAAUAAUAUUUUGCAUGAGAAGAAGUCCUUUGAAGAAAUUAACAAUGAUCUCAAUGAAAAAAUUAAAACUUUAGAAAAAGAUGCUGUUGUUACUUUGGAAGAGAAGAAUUUGGCAUUGGAAAAAUCUUCAAUACUUGAGAAAGAAAAGGAAGAAAUUGUUGAAGAAUGUAAGAAUCUGAAGAAACUUAUUGAAGAUCAUACAUCUAAUCUGGAAAAUAAGGAUCAGGAGGGUGAAGACUAUGAGAAACUUAAAGAAGAACUGGAACAAAAUACAAAAGAAAAGACUAUCCUUCAAGAAAAGUUUGACAGCCUGAAUGAUGAGUUGAUUAAAAUAUCUGCAGAAAAACAACAUCUUCAAAAUGAAUUUGAAAAUCUUAAAGAACAGCAAGAGAGUCUCAAAGAAAUUCACACAAAAGAGCGACAAAUGCUUCAAGAGAAAGCGUCUUCUUUGAGCAAACAAAUCGACGAAUUGACUGAUGAUAAAAAACAACUAGAAUCAACUAUUGAAAAAGAAAAAGCACACUCCAAAUUCCUUUUCAAUUUGGGUAAAACUGCUGACGAACAAUUGAAUUUAGAAAUUUCCAAAGCUCGUAACUCAAAUAGCUGCUUGAUGCAAGAGAUCAAUGAAUUGAAGGAAAAACUUGAAUCUACAGAAAAUAACCUUACAGUCGCCUUGGAAAAACUUAACUCGGAAAAAGAUCAAAUAAAAGAUGACCUCACCAGCAGCAAUAAUAUGUUGCUUGAAAAGGUUUCGGAGCUAGAGUGUACUUGUAAUCUUCUAAAACAAGAAUUAGCUGAUGCAAAAGAAAGUCUUGUGACUGAAGUAGGUCUUAAGGAAGCUUUAGAAAUUGAAUUCAAAGUGAAGGAGGAUUUACUGGCUGAGUUGUCGAAUACAAAUAGUUUACUAUCAACAAAGUGCUCUGAACUAGAAGAGAAAUGUAUAGUUUUAGAAAAACAAAUAGGAGAAACACAACAAAUAGUCUCGGAUCGAAAACAUCAAUUAGAGUCUUCACAAAAAGAAUGUUCACAAAAAGAGGAAGUAAUCUCGGAUCUUUCCACUAAAAAUGAGAACUUGGUCACAAAAAUUACAUUAUUGGAAGAAAAACUUGCAACACUUGAACAGGAAUUCGAGAAAUCCAAAGAAGAUCUCUCAGAACAAUCUUCCAAAAAGGACGAUUUAAUAACACAACUUUCAAAUGAUAACAGUUCCUUGGCUGCGAAAAGCUCUGAGUUUGAAAACAAACUAACAGCUCUGAAGAAUCAAUUUGACGAAUCUAAACGUGAUCUUUCCGAAGAUGUUCGUAUGAAAAUGGAAGAAUCUUUGAAAAAAGAAGAGCUUAUUGCAGAACUUACACUCAAAAAUAGUUCCUUAGCUGCUAAAAGCUCUGAGUUUGAAGGCAAAUUAUUGAUUUUAGAGAAGCAAUUCGAGGAAUAUAAACGUGAACUUUCUGAAGACAUUCGACUUAAAGUUGAGGAAUCUUCAAAGAAAGACGAGAUAAUCAAGGAACUCACUACAAAGGCUACAAAAAGUUCUGAGUUGGAGUGCCAGCUGUCGAUUUUGGAGAAAUCAAAACAAGAUCUUUCGGAAGAUGUCCGGAUAAAAAUAGAAGAAUUGUCCAAAAAAGAUGACCUCAUUAAAGAACUUUCAAUUAAAAAUAGUUCCUUAGCUAACAAUAGCACAGAAUUGGAAGAAAAACUAUCGCUUUUGGAAGAGCAAUUUGAGGAAUCUAAACAUUUGAGAGAAGUCGCUGAAAAGAACAAACUUGAUUUGUCGGAAGACAUUCGAAUUAAAAUUGAGGAAUCGUCUAAAAAAGAUGAGGUGAUUGCGGAACUAUCAAUAGAAAACAAUUCCUUAACUACCAAGAGUUCUGAUUUGGAAGAAAAACUAACAUUUUUAGAGAAACAAUUUGAGGAUUCCAAACGUUGUUUGGCAACUGAAGUACAUUUAAAAGAAGUUCUUGAAAAAGCCAACACUGAACGAGAUGAUUUAAUUGUACAACUAACAAACAACAAUAAUUCCCUUGUAACAAAAAGUUCUGAGCUAGAGGAAAAACUUGCAAUCCUCGGUAAUCAAUUUGAAGAAUCUAAACGUCACUUCUCCUCCGAAGUAAAUAGAUUAAAUAAAAUUUUAGCUGAAACAAAUGCCUCAAGCACUGCUCAAAGUUCCAAAAUUGAUGAUUUAAUGCAAAAAAUAAAAUCAUUUGAAAAUGAAAUACAAAUUGCUCAACAAACUACACAAGAAAGAGAUUCACUUUUACAAAAAAUCGAUCAAUUCCAAGAAGAUUAUGAUUCGUUAGCACUUAAGAAUGCCAAUUUAGAAAUGACAAAGUCUACAUUUGAAGCUGAAUUAAAUUCAGCUCGUGAAGUUGUUGUUGAAAAUACAAAUUUAAUUAAAAAAAUCAAUGAAUUGCAAAAUUCAUUAAAAGAAAUUCAAUUAAAAUGUGAUUCAUUGAAAUCAUCCAAUGCAGAAUUGGAAUUGGCAAAUAAAACCCUAACGAAUGAAUUAAAAGUUGCAAUUCAGCAGGCUGAAGAAUGUAAUAGACUGAGGAGUGAGAUAUUAACACUUCAAGAAGAAGUCACAAAUGAGAAGAAACUCAAAUCACAAUUCAAUAAUGAGCUUUUAAAUAAUUUAAAAGAAUGGGAAUCUAAAGAAGCCUUGUUUUCCAACCAGAUAUCACAACUUCAAACUGAUAUAAGUAAAUUAGCUUUAGAAAAAGAAAGUAUCCAAAUGGAAUUUGAGGAAUUAGUGAAAAGUAGUUCUGAUAAAAUUGUUCAGCUUGAACAGCAAGUUCAAUCAUUGCAAAAGGAUCAAUGUAUGAACACAUCGAAAUCAUCUAUUUCACCAAAAAAAGAAAAAGGAAUGGAACAUUGGAUGAGUGAAAAUCAUCAGUUAAAAAUUAAAAAUAUGAGUUUAAUGGACAAACUUGAUUCAAACCAGAAAUCAUCACCCAACGAAGAGAGGAAAAAUCGCAGACUUAGUACACACGAUGAGAGAAGAAUGAACUCGUUUUGGGAUACCAAUCGAGAUGUAUCUACGAUGACUGAUCCUACAAAUACUGAAUGCAGUUGCUCCGAAAUGAAUGAGAAACUUAACGAAUUAAAACAGAGACUACUUAUCCGUGAUAGUCAAGUGAAUACACUUCAAAUGGAAAUCAAAAAUCAUCCUCUUAAAACAGAGAAUGCAACACUAAAAAAACUUCUCAUGGAAGAAGAAUCCAAGCAACAGGAAAUGAGGAAAGAAAUUAAAAAAUACAAGAGCCUUAUCGUCAAUAGAACCAACGAAAGCAGACAUUGUGCCAAAUGUGCUGAGCUGGAAAAGAAGAUAUUCGUUGAUAGUUGCAUUCAGACAAAUGACAGCGACGAAUCAGAAUGCUAUCGUAAAUUACUCAGCAAAUAUGAAGAUUUGAAAAUGAUUUGUCGCGUAAGACACACAAAAAUCAGAGAAUUGGAAGAUGCCCUGUCGAAGGGAAAAGAAAAUGCAAAUAAUGAUAAUAUUUCAUCACUUCAUAAUCAGCAAUACAGACAAAAAUACGAGCAAUUAAAGAAAGAAUUAAAUUUAGUCCAAAAAAAGUACGAAGAAGCAAAAAUAUUAUGCAAUAUGAGGUAUGAACAAAUACAAACACUUUCCAACCAGCAAUCGACAAACAGUUAGAAGUCCUUCAUUUCAUCAACGUUGAAAACAAUUCAAAAUACUUAAUUUACAUUAUUGUCUCAAUUUAUAUAAAUAAUAUAUUAAUUUUAAUUUUUUUUGUUUGUAUUAAAUAUAUUUGUACAGUAUUACCACUACUUUAGAAAAUA